AUCGUUGACAGAUAGUGCACUUCGUGAGAAAAAUUGUACUCAGCUGUUUACGGUACAUUACCUGGUAAUUAUGUCAUGAGCUGGGGGCAAGCGACCUAACCUUUUUAAGUGAACCCUGGGCUCAUAUUUGCCGAUGGUAAAUGUGUACCGUUAUUUGUAACCACUCAACAAUUUAACGACAGACAAAAGAAAUGUGAAAUGUUUCUUUCAGGCACAAAGAAACCACUAGCUCAAGUUUUUCGCGAAGGAAACUCGAGAAAUAGACUUCUAAGUGAAUUAAAAAGCAACAAUGAGGACGCUUUGGGUAAAAAGCAGCCUAUAUUGAAGCAAACACAAAUAUGUGUAAGACGAUCUUUAAAAAGACCAUACGACUCAUUUACUCCAGCCGAUAAACUGGAAACUAAGACCGAAUUAUUUAUUAUGCCGCCAAUACCGAAAAUUAAGGCCAGUGAUAGAAACACCAAGCUUUAUGACGCUUCAUCUAAGGACAAUAGAACAGAAAAGAAGCCAUAUGACCCUAUGGAUAAUGUGCAGCGAAAUUUAAGAGUUUUUGUCGGUACUGUAGGUUUCAUGAUAAAAACUUCCAAGCUGUACCCCACAAUAAAUGCUCUCUGGGAUGUUUAUGGUAAAGUUGUCAAAAUUGUAAAAGGCAAACACCGAUUUGAAAAAGUAUUGUUGGUCCGCAACAGUGAUGGCAGCGGACCUGUACUACAGUGCUCCUAUUUUGAUUUUGAUUCUACUUUGGACAACAUAGCUUCUGAUUCUAAGGUACGUCUGGUAGGCAAAGCAAGUGGAUUUAAUUGCUUGCGUACUUUUAAAGUAGAAGUUAUUCAUGGCUCCAUUGUACCGUCCAGUUUGACGCGCCUUCAAAAUGUUAAUUCAUUUGUCUUACAACAACAAAAAUAA